AGUAAGUAGUUCUCGGUUUAAAUAUAGCGAAUGUAUACGUCAUUGUCAACGUAGUCAGAAUGCAUUUGUCGUAUAUUCUAUGCUGACACUAUAUCUCAACAAAUUCAUUUGUGAAAUUAUAUAGUUUGGUGUGAUUUUUUGAGAUAUUGUGUAAAUCAUUGAACGGAUGGAUAUUUUGCAGCCAGUGCCAUUGAACGAAUGGAAUUUAUUGCGAGAUUCUCUUACGCGCGAUUGGCCUACUUAUUCUUACUAUUACUACUUGAUUCACAAUGCAAUCGAAUGGAAAAAGAAAGAUGCUGAAUUUAAAUUACAAAUUUUCUGUCCAAAUGGUGAUGUGAAUGCUGGCACCUUUCUUUGCAUAUCAGCUCAAACGUGCUAUAUUGUAUCUGUAUUCACGUUUAAAGAAUCGAAGGAUAUGUUGCUAAAGGUCCUGAAGGAAACGAAGCUGGUGAAUUGGAAUGAGCUUAUUUUAUUUCCCGCUGUUCAUCCGCAUUUCAGCGACGUUCUCGAAAAUUUUAUUAACACAGAGGCAAACAAUAAAAAUAUUACCGUGAAGGAUAAACACAUGUCCGGAAACUAUUUUAAACCGAAAAAAGAGUGUUUGAAAAUCGAAGUGUCGGUUCCCGAAGAAUGCGAACUUGGACACCUGGACGAAUCUCAUAUCCCAUUCAUUCACUCGGUAUGGCCUCAUCGAAGUGAAAAUGAGCCUGAAAAAUCGUGCGAGUUUAUAGCAUCAAUAGUUAAAUUGAACAGAGGCAUUGGUCUAUUUUUGAAAGAAGACGGUAAUUUAGUGUCAUGGAUUCUGCAUUUUGCCUGGGGUGGUUUGGGAGCACUCCAAACGAUAGAAGAAUACAAGCGAAGGGGUUACGGCAAGAUUGCAGUAAAAGCUAUCACGAAAGAAAUCGCCGAAGAAGAAAACCUAGAUUCUUUCGCGUUCGUGGUAAAUGAAAACGUACCCUCUGAGAGACUUUUUGAAUCAUUAGGAUACAAACGCUUGCAGAAUGUUACUUUCUACACUAUAGCUCCUAAAAAUAAUAGUGGUUAAUAUCAAAUAUUUAUUUCAAAACUGUGAACAUUAAAAAUGUUCUCGAAAUGAAAGAUGAGAUUGCUCAAACAAAUUUUUCCUACAUAAAUUUGUUUAACAUUUAUGUAACACUUUACAUUAACGAAUGGAAAUUGUUGGUCAACGAAUAAAUAUACA